AUGGAGGUCCUGGUCCUCUACAGAUACCGUGCACAGAAAGAGGGCGAGCUGAACCUGGUGCCUGGGGAUGUGGUCCGGCAGGUGCACCGCGGGCCCGCACGGGGCUGGUUGCGCGGAGAGCUGGGGAAACAGCGCGGCCUCUUCCCCGAGCGUCUGGUACAAGAAAUCCCAGAGAAUUUGCGGGGCAUCACAGAGGCGCAAAAACCGCGCUGUGCCCGCAGCAGAGGUCACCCCGCUAAAUCUCGGGGGCCUCAAAGAUGGUGCAAGGUGAAUUUCAACUACAGCCCAGAACAGGCAGACGAACUGAUGCUGCAAGUCGGGGAGAUGGUGGAAGUGUUAAAGGAGAUUGAGGACGGCUGGUGGCUGGGGCAGAAGAACGGGCAGCUGGGAGCCUUCCCAUCCAACUUUGUGGAGUUGCUGGACAGUGGGCCCCCAAGCCUUGAUAACACCGACACGCCUUCCAUCUGCCCUUACUCUCAGCGGCCUGCCAAGCUGAGCAGCCUGACAUAUGACAGCCCUCCAGAUUAUCUUCGCACAGUCUCCCAUCCAGAGACGUAUAGGGUCCUGUUUGACUACCAGCCUGAGGCCCCUGACGAAUUGGAGCUGCGGAGAGGGGACGUGGUGAAAGUACUAAGGAAGACCACAGAGGAUAAGGGCUGGUGGGAAGGAGAGUGUCAAGGCAAGAGAGGAGUUUUUCCAGACAACUUUGUGCUGCCACCACCCCCAAUCAAGAAGCUGCUCCCGCGGAAAGCAGUAUCUCGAGAACCAGCUUCUGCUAAAGAACAAAAGAAGAUGAUGUCCAAGACAGCCCUCCCCACUGUGAAGAAGCUGGUGACACCUCCCACUGGACCUGGCAAAGCCAAGCCAUCCCGGACACCCAACGGGGAGAGUCAGAAGCACCCCUCCUGUGACUCUGGCUCCAAUGGAAGACUCCCUGCUGGGAUUCCUGGGAAAAAACGAUCUAAAAUUCAGGGUUCUCGUCAAUGUUCUGCACUCAGCCAGGAGGAAGAACAAAGCAGCCUGGCAAAAAACCCUUCUGUAAAGAAAUCCCCCACUCUAGACAAGACCCCCAAAGCAGAGAAGACCCCAUAUCCUGAUAAAGCUACCAGUCCAGAGAAGACUCAGACUCUUAACAAAGAUUCUCCCUCAGAGAAGGCCCCAACUCUGGACAUGACCCCCUCUCCUGAAAAAGCCCUGACUCUGGAUAAGGCUUCCACCUCAGAAAAUAUCCUGACUCAGGAAGAACCCCCUCCAGAAAAGAAUGUGACUCCAGAUAGGGCCCCCAGCCCAGAAAACAUCCCAACUCUAAACAAGACCCUCAACCACGAGAGGGUCUUUUCUGUGGAUGAGACCUCUGCCCUAAAGAUCCCACCUGAAGAAGCUGGCCCUGGCUUAGAGAUGGCCCCACCUGGGGAUGAAAUGCCCUCUCUAGAUGAAACCUCAAUUCCAGACCAAGUCCCCCCUGAGGACGUGACUGGCACUGGACAUAACACUCAAUUGCAUCACUUCUCCCCUGAGGGAGCCCUGCAGGAGGGACCCCCUGUGGCCAAGGAGUUCCAGCCCCAAGAAGAUGAGAUGGAUGUGUUCAAGGAUGCCCCAGAGUGCAUCUCCACCAGGGUGAAGCUGGACCUGAAUGAUGAAACAGACAACCCCCCACUACAGUCCGAUCCAGAGUCUAUGUCCUCCCCUGAUGAGCCCCACUCCCAAAACGAGGCCACAACCCUCCUACGGGGGACACCAGUGGAAGAUGAGGCUACCUCUAGCGAGGAGACAGCCUUGAAAGAGGAGCCACCCCUCAAAGCAGAAAUGCUCCCCCAAAAGGAAGUGUCUCCCAUGGAAGAGGCACCUCCUAAAGAAGAAAUGUCCUCCCUGAAGGAAGAGGCUUCCAGAGAGGAAGCAGCCCCCAAAGAGGAAAUAACUCCUCAAAAGGCAGUAUUUCCCAUAGGCGAAGCACCCCCAGAAAAAGAGGUCCCUCCCAAUGACUUAGCUCCUGCUCCAAAGAAACUAGAUCCCAUCAAGUCGACCACAGACCCCCAAGACACUCAUUCCAGGGCCUCACAAAAUCCCACAGAAAGCAAAGAUGACAAAGUCGACAUAGUGAGGCUAAAAGACGAGGUGGAGUCUCUGAGGAAGUCACUGGACCUGAUGGGGGAGCUGCUGGAAAAGAAGCUGACCAGCAUCUGGGAGGAGUUAAAGAGUGAGAGGGAGCAUCGCCAGUUGCUGGAGGUUCAAUUGAUGCAGAGGACACAGGAAGCCUCAGCCUCGCACUCCGUCCACUCACAGACAGAGACGAACUGA